AUGCCAGGUGGGCGUGAUCUUGUGGAUGAAGUGACGGAUGCAUACUGUGCUGCUUGGAAGCUAUAUGCUGGAGAAGUCUCGGAAGGUCAGCAAGAGAUGUGGGACCUCAAGCGGCUGGCGCAAGGUCAUGGAUCUUGUGGCAAUGAGCUGCAAAGCCUAACGAGGAAUUUGCAACGUGUGGGGCGAUGCGCGAACAUCCCCAUUGAUCAGAUUCCAGUGCCAUACUUUAGUCAAGGUUUGCAGAUGCAUUCCUUCAUUUCCUUGCGGGCUAUGCUGCGUUUCAUGUUGACGUCUGGAUACUCCAAGAAAAUUCUGGGCGGCUAUGAUGUUUCCACUGAAGAAUCUCAGGUGUGCUUGCGUCAAUUUUGGCGCAAGUAUCAACGGGUUGAUCCUGGACACCCUUUGUUCGGGCAUCGGCCAUUGGAGGACACCGUGCCACUGUUGAUCCAUGGGGAUGAGGGCACCGGCAAGCGGCGCCACCCUGUUUGGACGCUGGCAACCAAAGCAGUUUUGAAUGAGAGGGCAGCUUCUAUGCAUCGGUACUUUCUGUACACUGUGGUCCCCCAUGAACUCUACAGAGGAUACAACAAGGGUACAACUCAGCCCAAUGAAUGCCUGGAUGCCAUUCUCCAGCAUUACUGUCUCGAAGCGCGCGGUCUCUUUGACCAAGGCAUUUCGCUGGAUUCGGGCCGAACACUGUACUUUGCGUUUGUUGGUGUGGUCGGGGACUUGCCAUUUCAGGCAAAGGUUUGGAAACAGGAACGAAACUGGCAAAGCCAAAAUAUGUGUCCAUUUUGUUUCGCGACACAAGAUGAGCUGGGAGAACUGGUAGGAGUUCCUGGGUGGCACACAGAUGAUCCUGGACCUGAACCUGCUGCGACGCCCAUCUCUCAGCUGCCCGGGAUGGGUGUGGCGUGGAAGGCCUGGUAUGACAUCUUCCAUCUUGGCCAUCUAGGUGUGGCUCGGCAUUUCUACAGUUCGACGACUGUGCUCGCCUGUGAGUUCGGCUUGUUUGGAGCUGAUCGAGCAUUGCAAGGCAAACUCAACAAGGCGUAUGAGGACUUCAGAGCUUUUUGCCGCCUGGAAGGUGAGACCCCACUUGCCAAAGAAUUCACCAAGGAUAACCUGCACUGUGCUGAGACCUCGUUCCCUGACACGUCAUUCAAAGCGUCGGAUGGGGUCCUCAUCAUGAAAUGGCUUGAAUAUUUCUUGGACUUGCCCUGGGAGUUUGACCAGGAAGGUGUUCUGCAAUGCGGGCUGGAAACUGUUGCUGCCUACAAUGCAUUCUACAGGUGCUGCUGGCAGGCUCAGUUGUGCAGAAGCGACUUUUGCUAUGAUGAGUCUAGAGAGAUUCCUGGUCGGUUAUUUGGCGCUGGCCAAGUGGUCUUUCAAAGCGAUGAAAUGCCACUAUGUCCUGGUGCCAAAGCUUCAUUACUUGAAGCAUCUUUGGUUAGAUUUGCGGCGCUGGCUUUCAGAUCAGACAGCUGUGUACAUCUUGAACCCUGCCAUGCUGGCAACGCCCUGUGGGGAGGAUUUCAUAGGCAAGAUCAGCCGGCCUAUGCGUGA